AUGUUCAAAGGCAUUUUGCCCUCAAAAAGGGACCCUACAGCAGAGUUCACAGUCCUCACAACCCUCGCGAAUGUCCCACAGAACAAGGAGAACGUUCCCUACGGUGCUCUGGCUCCCCAGGGCACGAAACGAGGUCCCGCUGGCCUGAUCCCCAAGAAGAAGCGUUCAGCCUCAAAGAAGCCUAAGGAGAGCCCAGUAGAGCCUCCAGAGACGGACGAGGCAUUUGACAAGCUCCUGGACGAGCUCCAGAUCCCACCUUCAUUAAGACCAAAACUGCUCGGAAUGGACUCGACAGUCAAGGCAGAAAUGAUCAAAUCGUCGCAGGUCUUGACCCUGAACCCACCACCCAGCGCUCCGGCCCAGGCUCCGCCGUCGACACCACCCAGGAGUACCGGGUUGAGACGUGUCCAUAGCACGGAAUCACUCGCAUCGCCUCGACCACCUUUCAUGAACGAAGGUGCAUACGGAAGCCACACCCCAAAGACCUCAGGCUACGUUUCAACCCACAAUUCGCCUUAUGCCGCUCCACGGCCGCGACAAGCGAGCGGCCACACCAGGGGCGCCUCCCUCUUCUUCUCCAAGAGCCAGGGCAACCUCGCCGCCAACCUCGCUUCGAUGUCAAGUCUCGAUCUCACCUCGCUCGGAAAACCCGCCAAGGACAAGAGCGGAACUGUGAAGAACUUGUCCCCUAUGCGAUUCUGCAGUAUGCUUCAGGGCCAAUCAAGCCUUCAAAUUGACGUGGAAGACAUCAAGAAACUCCGCCUCAUGCUUAGAAAUGAAUCGGCCAGCUGGACUGAGGAAUUCUGUACUCUUGGCGGUUAUUCUGCUCUCCUGACGAGGUUGAACGAAGUUCUCGAGGUCGAGUGGAGAGAGGAACAACACGACGACAAGGUGCUUCACGAGCUGCUGCGUUGCUUCAAGGCACUGUCCACAUCUUCCAUCGGUUGCUUCGCUCUCCGGAGUUCGUGCCCAACUCCCUGGACGCAGUUGGCCUCUUUACUUUAUUCCGACAAGAAGCCGGGUGAAGUUGCUACUCGACAACUCAUCAUUGACCUGUUCUUGAUCCUCUUCGAAUUGUAUCCGCCCUCUGCUUUGCCUUCACAUUCAUCCCAUACGCGACAAGCAUCCUCACUCUCCGGCGAGGGAAGACAUAGCGAGGCUUGGGAACACCCGUCAUCCAUCCCGACCUCGAACGUGAUCAAACUCCCUUCCCCACAUAAAUCUCUUUUCUCCUUCAUUCGGGCCCUCCUCUUGACCCCUGCACCUCGACCGGCAGAAGCGCCAGAAGUUCCCGUAUCCCCCCACGAAUUCAUUGAAUCCCUCCAUGUUCCAAGAAUCUACAAGAGCUAUCUCCAAGAGAUGUCCGAUGUGUGCAGGGAUUACUUCUGGGUCUUCUGUCACCCGAACAACACCAUUUGGAUCCUCGCUGAAACGGAUGAGAACCGAGUUGAAAAACCCAAAGCCCCUAGCGGCAUGACUGGUGGCGUUGAAUUUGAAGCCAUCUGUUACUUUACUACGCACCUCAAGUUUAUCAACUCCAUAGCAACUUCCGUCGCGGAACUAAACAUGCCCAAGGAACAUGAGCUCUCUGCUUAUCGCUUCCACUGUGAUUUGUUCCUGUCUGGCCUUGAACGAAUCCUAUUGAUUUCACGCAAGGCCUCGACGACUUACUAUCCCACUCUUCACCUCGAAAUCUCGAGGUACAUUAACCAUGCGAUCAAGGCUGGCUUUGAACUUCCCUAUACCGUUUCCCGCUUGAUCGGGUUGCCUCCUCAGUCUGUCCUCAGGAAUCCUGGGGCAGGCACCAGUGCGUCUUCAGGGCGGUCGGCUGCUUCCUCUCGUCGUGGGCCCGCGCCCGAAAUGCCGACCACGCCUACCAGACAGCGCGGUCAAGGCCAACCCAUUCUCCCUUCCCCAAGGAAGGUAGACCCAAUCAAGUUUGACUAG